CUGUCCCGGUCCCCUCCCGGGCUCCUUUCCCCCGCCCCGGGUCCCCCCCCCCACUUCCUGUCCCGGUCCCCGCCCCGGGUCCUGCCCCCACGGCGGGGGGGGGGGGGGGGUGACACUGCAGAGCCCUGUGAGUCCCUGACCUGGGUUUGUCCAGGGCUGAGGCGCUCCCCCCACCAUGGGGCUGCCCCUCCGCAUCCUGCUGCUCCUGCUUCUGCUGUGGCCGGCAGCUGCCCCCUUCCGGAUCUGCGCCUUCAACCUGCAGCGCUUCGCCGGCCCCAAAGCCGCCAAGGUCGCCGUCAUGGACACGCUGGUCAAGAUUGUCUCUCGCUGUGACAUCGCAGUACUGCAGGAGGUGAUGGAUGCCAAGGGACAGGCCGUGCCAGCGUUGAUCAGCGCCCUGCACAGGUCUGCAGGCCCCGACUCCUACACAGCCCUGGGCAGCCCGCUGCUGGGAGCUGGGAAUUAUCAGGAGCGCUACGUCUUCGUGUACCGGUCCGGCCGCACCCAGCUCCUCGACUCCUAUGUGUACCUGGACGAGAACCCCGCCAGACCGGAUGCCUUCGCCCGCGAACCCUUUGUCGCGCGCUUCAGCCUGCCCAGCAAAGCCCUCCCCACUCUGGUGCUUGUUCCCCAGCACACCGUGCCCAAGAAGGCCGAGGCGGAGAUCGAUGCGCUCUACGAUGUCUUCCUGGAUGUCCAGGCCCGCUGGGGGACGGAGGACAUCAUGUUCCUGGGGGACUUUAACGCCGACUGCGGUUACGUGGCCAAGAAGCGCUGGGGCCAGAUCCGGCUGCGGCGCGAGCCCGGCUUCCGCUGGCUAAUCGGAGACGCUGCCGACACCACUGUGCGGAACAGCACACACUGCGCCUACGACAGGAUCGUGGUGCAUGGGGAGCGCUGCCUGGCACUGGUGGUGCCCGGCUCAGCCCAGCCCUUCGACUUCCCUGGCAUGUUCGGGCUCACGGAGACCCAGGCGCUGGAGGUCAGUGACCAUUACCCGGUGGAAGUGCAACUGGAACUGAACGCCGCCCCGAGGGGGCGCUGGCCGGCCGGCCCAGCACUGCUGUCCCUGGCCAUGCUGCUGGCCGGGCUGGGGGGCUGGUUCUGAUCUCCCAGCUCAGCGCUGCUGGGCGCCUGGACCUCGGGGAACACGUGACCGGGGGGCUGGAGUCUAAACCCACCCGCAGGACUCUCCACUCAGCAAAGGCCUUUACUCAGAUGCCUGGGUUCCCCACACACACACACUUUUCUUGGCUCAGGGCUCCCCCCCCCAGAAGAUACAGAAACCUCUCAUCUCAGACCUGACAAACUCACUGCAGCAAAUACAGGGCUAGCAGUGUUCCCAGGUCCAAGGCCAGGGGAGGUUACAGGACCAUCUCCCCAGGGCCUGGGCCUGGCUGCCUGGAGUGUUCGGCUGAAGGGGGCUGGUUCAAAUCCUGCCAGAGGGGGUGGGUUGUUUUUUUUUCAGUGACAGAGCAACUAAACCCCUCCAUAAGAACAACGCGGAGUCCGGCGGCACCUUAAAGACUAACAGAUUUAUUUGGGCAUAAGCUUUUGUGGGUAAAAACCCACUUCUUCAGAUGCAUCGUUGUUUUUGUGGAUACAGACUGACACGGCUACCCCCGAUACUGUUGGGGACUCAGAACUCAGAUGGCAUGGUUUGUUGUCUGACCGCAGAGAGACAGGCAACACCAGCAAGGUCCAGUGACAAGCUCUUUAUUGAGGAGUGCACACAACAAUAGAGAGCGGCCCGUCUCCAGAGAGAACCAGCCACCGUUCUAACAUCUAGUAGGGUUAGACAGACAGUUCCAUCGUGUCAUAAAUUAUUCAUUUAAAACAACCCGCAUCCCACCCCCCUUUGUUAGCGAGAAACUUUUAGUAUUCAUGUAUACCUAUCCCCCUAUACAAUCAGCCUUAAGCAA